AUGAAGGUCUUCAGCUUACAAGUCUUUUGCAUUAUACUUUAUGCUGGAAUCCUUCAUUGUCAUGCUCAGGCUCGUUACACAUUUGUGGUGGAGGAAACUCCAUACACAAGACUUUGCAGCAAUAAUACCAUCUUGACGGUGAACGGACAGUUUCCAGGACCAACGCUAUAUGUAAACAAAGGAGAUACAAUCAUUGUAGAUGUUAUCAAUAACGCCAACUAUAACAUCACAAUUCACUGGCAUGGAGUGAACCAGCCUCGGAAUCCAUGGUCUGAUGGUCCUGAAUGGAUCACUCAAUGCCCUAUCCAACCAGGAGCAAACUUUACUCAGACGAUAAUAUUUUCAAAUGAAGAAGGGACCCUUUGGUGGCAUGCUCAUAGCGAUUGGGCACGAGCAACGGUUCAUGGUGCUGUAGUAAUAUAUCCCGAGAAUGGAACCAGCUAUCCGUUUCCAGAACCUGAUGCCGAAGUUCCGAUUAUAUUAGGUGAGUGGUGGAAGAGCAAUAUUUAUGAUGUGUAUGAUGAAUUUCUUCAGACCAGAGGGGAUCCAAAUACUUCGGAUGCGUACAUGAUCAACGGUCAACCUGGUGAUCUGUAUCCGUGCUCAAGUCCAGGAACAUUUACGCUACAUGUUGACUAUGGCUUGACUUAUCUUCUCCGGAUAAUCAACGCGGCCAUGCAAGACAUUCUCUUCUUCGCCGUUGCGAAUCAUUCUCUGACUGUGGUAGGAUCAGACGCGAGCUACACGAAGCCAUUCACAAGCGAUUACAUCGCAAUUUCCCCUGGUCAAACNAGAUAUCAUAAAUUAUUUUUCUUUAUCAACUAUUCGUAG